GUCGCCGCGAUGCACUCUGUCGUGCGCGCGUCCGCGCAGGUGGAGGCAUGUAGCAGUACCUGAAGCCCGUGCACGUAGUCGUCGCUUCUUCUUCUUCCUGACGUCGGCUGACCGCGUGGCGGGAGGAGGAAGGAGAGGAGGUGGUAGAGGAGAAAGGAGGAGGAGGCCGUGGAGGGAGCAAGAUAGGAGGACGAGUCUAUAGGACGCUUCCUUCCUUCCAUCUUGAGUGAACCAGCCGCAUCCGCCGCCAUGGCGAGCGACUCCCCCGCGAGGAGUCUGGACGAGAUCGACCUGUCUGCUCUGCGGGACCCAGCGGGCAUCUUUGAGCUGGUUGAACUGGUUGGCAAUGGCACCUAUGGCCAAGUAUACAAGGGUCGCCAUGUCAAGACUGGCCAGCUGGCGGCAAUCAAGGUCAUGGAUGUCACGGGAGAUGAGGAAGAGGAGAUUAAAGCCGAGAUCAACAUGCUGAAGAAGUACAGCCACCACAGAAACAUUGCCACCUACUACGGCGCCUUCAUCAAGAAGAAUCCUCCUGGCAUGGAUGACCAGCUGUGGCUGGUGAUGGAGUUCUGCGGCGCCGGCUCGGUGACGGAUCUCAUCAAGAACACCAAAGGCAGUUCCCUGAAGGAGGAGUGGAUUGCUUACGUCUGCAGGGAGAUCCUCAGGGGUCUCACUCACCUCCACCAGCACAAGGUCAUCCACCGUGACAUCAAGGGUCAAAACGUGCUUCUAACAGAGAACGCCGAAGUCAAGCUAGUGGACUUCGGUGUGAGCGCUCAGCUGGACCGCACGGUGGGCCGCAGGAACACCUUCAUCGGGACGCCGUACUGGAUGGCGCCAGAGGUUAUCGCCUGCGAUGAGAACCCGGACGCCACCUACGACUUCAAGAGCGAUUUGUGGUCGCUGGGCAUAACGGCCAUCGAGAUGGCGGAGGGAGCGCCGCCGCUGUGUGACAUGCAUCCCAUGAGAGCGCUCUUCCUCAUCCCCAGAAAUCCUGCCCCCAGACUCAAGUCAAAGAAGUGGUCCAAAAAGUUCCAGUCGUUUAUCGAGAGUUGCCUGAUGAAGAGUCACAGCCAGCGGCCGAGCACGGAGCAGCUCCUCAAGCAUCCCUUCAUUCGGGACCUGCCCAACGAGCGACAGGUGCGCAUCCAGCUCAAGGACCACAUCGACCGCACCAAGAAGAGGCGCGGAGAGAGAGAUGAGACGGAGUACGAGUACAGUGGCAGUGAGGAAGAAGAUGAAGAGCGGGACAUCGGAGAGCCCAGCUCCAUCAUCAAUAUUCCCGGGGAGUCCACUCUGAGGCGAGACUUCCUGCGCCUGCAGCUGGCCAAUAAGGAGCGCUCGGAGCUGAUUCGCCGGCAGCAGCUAGAGCAGCAGCAGAACGAGGAGCACAAGCGCCAACUGCUGGCUGAGAGGCAGAAGCGCAUCGAGGAGCAGAAGGAGCAGAGGCGACGUCUGGAGGAGCAACAACGUCGCGAACGUGAGAUGCGCAAGCAGCAAGAGCGUGAGCAAAGGAGACGGUACGAGGAGAUGGAGCAGAUUCGCCGAGAAGAGGAGAGGCGGCACGCCGAGCGGGAGCAGGAGUACAUCCGUAGACAGCUGGAGGAAGAGCAGAGGCAGUUGGAGAUCCUGCAGCAGCAGCUCCUGCAGGAGCAGGCCUUACUGCUGGAGUACAAGCGCAAGCAGAUUGAGGAGCAGCGUCAGGCCGAGCGUCUGCAGAGGCAGCUGCAGCAGGAGCGAGCCUACCUGGUGUCUCUGCAGCAGCAGCAGCAGCAGGACCCGCAGCAGCGCCCUCUACAGGACAAGAAGCAGCUCUACCACUACAAGGACCAGGCGCCAGGGGCCGCCAAUGACAAACCUACCUGGGCUAAGGAGGUGAUGCGGCGAGCUCAGAGCAACUCCCCUCGCAUCCCCCCCAAGAGAUACCACUCCUUUAGGCAUGUGCGAGACGCCCAGCUGGACCCUCUUCUCUUACUGCCUGGUUACAAGCCGUGCCGCCGCCGCCGUCCCCCCUCCUACCCCGCCCACGACAGCCCCUCCAGGGAUCACGUCCACGUACCGCGCAUCCGGAUCACCUGCGUCCCCGACGCUCGAGGCCGGAGUCCCGACCGCCGGCAUAAAGUCUCCAACCGGAUCUCGGACCCGUCGCUGCCCCCGCGCUCCGAGUCCUUCAGCAGCGGCGGCAUCCAGCAGGCCAGGACCCCGCCCAUGCACCGCUCCGUCGAACCGCAGAUGGCCCACUUGGUGCAGGUGAAGAGUCCGGGCCUGUCCGGUUCUCAGUCCCUGUACGACCCCCACGGGGUGUCGUCUUCGUCCUCCGCCCUGUCGCCCUCCCCCUCGCGCCCUCCCAUGCCCCGGCAGAACUCGGACCCCACCUCCGACACCCCUCCUCCCCUGCCUCUCGCACGUCUGGCACCCCCUCUCGACAAGCUGGAUCGCAGCUCCUGGCUGCGGCAGGACGACGACAUGCCCCCCAAGGUUCCUCAACGGACCACGUCCAUCUCUCCGGCCCUGGUCAGGAAGAACUCUCCAGGAAACGGGCCGGGACUCGGACCGCGGGCUGGAGCUCACCUUAUACGGGCCAGCAACCCUGACCUGCGGAGAACUGACAUUUCCAUGGAUACGCCCUUCAAGAGGACAAGCAGCGGAAGUUCCUCCAGCUCCAGCACCCCCAGCUCGCAAGGGGGAUCCAACGAGCGAGCAAACGCAGCCAUGAAGCCUGAAGGCUCCACGAUGGCGUCUGACGAAGCAAAAGACGACAGCAGAGACGUGUCCAGACCCAGUCGGCCUGCGGACCUGACGGCGUUGGCCAAAGAGUUGCGAGAGCUGCGCCAGGGCGAAGAAACCAGCCGGCCGCCCGUCAAAGUCACCGACUACUCUUCGUCCAGCGAGGAGUCGCACAGCAGUGAGGACGAGGAAGGCGACGGAGAAGGAGGGGCCAACGACGGGACGGUCGCCGUUAGCGACAUCCCGCGUAUCAUGCCUGCCGCCAGCCAAGGAGCCAAUGAGUCGCUGGGCAUGAUGGGAGGACACAACGACUUGCACGGCGACGCAUACGGAAACAACUCUCGGGACGGCACUCUGAUGAUGCGCGAGAAGCGUGGCGAGCGGCGGCGGAGCUCCACCGCCAGCAACGGCGUCUUCGGCAUCGCUAAUUUGUUUGCCGACGCCUCAAAUCUGCCCGAUUUGGUGCAGCAAAGUUCCGCCCCCCUCGUUGCCCCUGGCGACGCUCCCGGGGCAAAAUACGGGAUGGGAGGAGGAGGCGGCAGCGGAGGCUCCAAGGCCUCCUUCACGCCAUUUGUGGAUCCCAGGGUGUACGGGACGUCCCCGACAGAUGACGAGGACAACAUCUCGGCUUCGGCCUUGUUUGCAGAUGAACUGCUGAAGCAGGAGCAGGCACGGCUCAACGAGGCCCGCAAGAUCUCGGUGGUCAACGUGAACCCCACCAAUAUACGACCGCACAGCGACACGCCAGAGAUUCGCAAGUACAAGAAACGCUUCAACUCCGAGAUCCUGUGCGCUGCGCUUUGGGGCGUAAAUCUGCUGGUGGGAACCGAGAACGGCCUAAUGCUCCUGGACCGUAGCGGGCAGGGCAAAGUGUACAACCUCAUCAACCGCAGACGCUUCCAGCAGAUGGAUGUCCUGGAAGGUCUCAACGUCCUGGUCACCAUUUCAGGCAAGAAGAACAAGUUGCGCGUUUACUACCUGUCCUGGUUGAGGAACCGGAUACUCCACAACGACCCCGAGGUGGAGAAGAAGCAGGGCUGGAUCACCGUAGGGGAUCUGGAGGGCUGCGUGCACUACAAAGUCGUGAAGUAUGAGAGGAUCAAGUUCUUGGUGAUCGCCUUGAAGAACGCUGUGGAGAUCUACGCCUGGGCUCCCAAACCUUACCACAAGUUCAUGGCCUUCAAGUCUUUCACCGAGCUGCAACACCGCCCCCUGCUGGUGGACUUAACUGUGGAGGAGGGUCAGAGGUUAAAGGUCAUCUACGGCUCCAACGCAGGCUUCCACGUUGUGGAUGUGGACUCUGGAAACCCCUACGAUAUCUACAUACCCUCGCAUAUUCAAGGUCAGGUGACGCCGCACGCCAUCGUGGUCCUCCCCAAGACAGAUGGCAUGGAGAUGCUGCUGUGCUACGAGGACGAGGGCGUUUACGUCAACACCUACGGCCGCAUCACUAAAGACGUGGUGCUGCAGUGGGGGGAGAUGCCCACCUCGGUUGCCUACAUCCACUCCAACCAGAUUAUGGGAUGGGGAGAGAAGGCCAUCGAGAUCCGCUCGGUGGAAACGGGACACCUGGACGGCGUCUUCAUGCACAAGCGGGCGCAGCGCUUGAAGUUCUUGUCCGAGAGGAAUGACAAGGUGUUCUUUGCGUCCGUGCGUUCAGGAGGCAGCAGCCAAGUGUUCUUCAUGACCCUCAACAGAAGCUCCAUGAUGAACUGGUAACCCCGACUGCACUAGCAACAUGGCCGCCGUGCUUCGGGGAGUGAGGACGGACCCUUCAGGGUCCAGUGGAGCUCGGCGACGCCUUUGCGGCGCUCGUUCCUUGAGAGGUGGCCGACGUGACGGCGGGCAAGUAGCCUCGGAUCUCCCCAUGCGGGUGACUACGGACGGUUUGUAGCACACCACUUGUUCUUUGCGGGACCACUUCCUGGAUCUGCUCCAGUCUAGCGACGUCUUUUAACCCCACCGCUGGUAUUGCGCCAGGAACCAAAUGAAACAGUUUUACUCCCAAAUGGUUGCAUCGCCCCGCCCGUUGGUUUUCAAAAUAACUCUUUGUCUGGUAAUGGCUCAUAAACGUGCUGUGAAAGAUUUGUAGUUAAAAAUAAAAAUAUUGUAAAAGGCAAAAGAGAAAAAACAACUUGAUUUGUUCAAUAAGAAUGAAAUUGAGAAAUUUUUUUUUUUUAAUUUGAUUUUGUCUGAAAUUGAUCAAGCAACAUUUUGUAAGUUGAACAUUUUAAAUGCGAUAAUCCUUAAUCAAGCCUCUCACUGUACUGCAUUAAAUCUGACUUUAAUCGGGUGAUUAUUUUUUAUAAAAGGCUUUCUUGUCACUAUUCAUCACUCGCGUGUUCAAAUUGUUUUCUCUCUUUUUCCUCCAAAAGUGUUGUUCUCUCAGUUUAUUCCCACGCGACCAACCACAAAUAUUACUGACGUAAAGAUGUCGUCUUUCUCCUCGCUAUUAGCGGACGCCAAUACAACCACAGCGAGUAGUUUUUAAGGUUCAUUCAAUGAACUUUUUUAUUGUAAUUAAAAAAAAAAAAAAAAAAAGUGACGCUGCUAA